GCAUCAUGCUUUCCUGCUCUCUCGCGCCGCAUCCCCGGCAUCCGCAUCCCGGGUGUCGUCUUCUUCGUUGGAAAGCACUUUGGCACAGGCAUCAUUCUGGCGACCGCCUUUGUGCACCUCCUUCAGGACGCGUUUGAGGCCUUGAUGAACCCCGAAGUGCAGGAGAGGUAU